AUGCCUUCUUCCUCCACCACCAUAGUCUCCAAAUGUGUCGUCCACCCCGACCACAAAUCCAACAUCAAACCCCUCAAACUCUCUGUUUCUGACCUCCCAAUGUUGUCCUGUCACUACAUCCAAAAGGGCGUCUUGCUCACCGCCCCACCCUCUUCCUUCGAUGACCUCAUUCUCUCUCUCAAACACUCUCUCUCCGCCGCUCUCUCCCACUUCCCCGCCCUCGCCGGCCGUCUCUCCACCGACUCCCAGGGCUACGUCCACAUCGUCUGCAACGAUGCCGGCGUCGACUUCAUCCACGCCAAGGCCAAGCACUUGACUUUAAACGCCGUCGUUUCGCCCUCUCUCGUUGAUGUGCAUCCCUGCUUCAAGGAGUUUUUUGCCUACGACAUGAUGAUCUCCUACGCCGGCCACCACAACCCUCUCGCCGCCGUCCAGGUAACCGAGCUAGCCGACGCUGUCUUCGUCGGCUGCACUGUCAACCACGCUGUCACCGACGGCACCUCCUUCUGGCACUUCUUCAACACCUUCGCCGCCAUCACCAAAGGCGGCGCCGCCAAGAAAGUCCUCCGCGCCCCGGACUUCACUCGCGAAACCGUCGUCAACUCCUCCGCCGUUCUCCACGUCCCUGCCGGCGGCCCCAAACUCACCUUCGACGCCGACCAACCCCUCCGCGAACGCGUCUUCCACUUCUCCCGCGAAUCCAUUCUGAAACUCAAACUUAGAGCCAACGCCAACACCAACGAACUAACGGAAGUAAUGGGAAAACAAGUGAAUGACGGUUGGAAAAUCGUUAACGGUAACGGUAACGGUAACGGAAACGGAAGAGUUAACGGUAACGGAAGAAACGAGAUCUCCUCGUUUCAGUCGUUAUCGGCUCAGCUCUGGCGUGCGGUGACACGUGCGAGGAAAUUCAACGACCCUGCCAAAACGUCGACGUUUCGCAUGGCGGUUAAUUUCCGCCACCGUUUGGAGCCGAAGUUGGACGCGUUUUACUUUGGCAAUGCGAUUCAGAGCAUUCCAACCGUCGCAACCGUCGGGGAUAUUCUCUCACGCGAUCUGCGUUUCUGCGCGGAGUUGCUGCACCGGAACGUGAUCGCGCACGACGACGCAACGGUGCGCCGCGGCAUAGAGGAUUGGGAGAACGCGCCGAGACUGUUUCCUCUCGGGAACUUCGACGGCGCGAUGAUCACCAUGGGAAGCUCCCCGCGUUUCCCCAUGUACGACAACGACUUCGGCUGGGGAAGGCCCGUUGCGAUUCGGAGUGGCAAAGCGAACAAGUUCGACGGCAAGAUCUCGGCGUUUCCGGGUAGAGAAGGCAACGGUAGCGUGGAUCUGGAAGUCGUUUUGGCUCUGGCUACCAUGGACGGGCUCGAAAACGACAUGGAGUUUAUGCAAUACGUAACGCAGGUGGUGUGA